AUGGCAACAGAGCUGGGAACACAGGUAAAUGGCCUGACUGUCAACGGCCAAACGGAGCCUAGACUCGACAGCUCUUACAAUCUGAACUUUAUGGGAGAUUGGGGAGGCGCCAACUUUCACCGCAUAUGUGCAUGGCUGACACAAGAAUUCUGUGACCGAGCAGGUCCCGGAACCAGGACGGCCAUCUACAGCUUGCGUGAUGGUGGUCUCGAUGGGCUGAAGCAGCUCCAAGAGGGAGCGGUCGACUUAGCGAUAUGCACACCCGCUGGCCUCGUAGGCAAGAUACACAGCGGAGAAAGUGCUUUUGCAGCGGCCAUGCCAAAUCUCCGUGCCAUUGGAGUGCUUCCGCAGAAUGACCGAAUGGUAUUGGCCCUUCACCCUAAACACAAUAUCAACAGUAUCGAGGAUCUUCGGACACAGAAGCCAGCGAUUAAACUUGUUACCGCCACCGAUGAUGGGACGAACCCGAUCGGCUAUGUAGCGAAUGAAUAUCUCAAUGCUCAUGGCAUCUCGAAAGCCACGAUCGAGUCUUGGGGCGGCGCAGUCCUCACACGCCACAGGCCUGAGCAAUGUGUCGCCUUGGUCGAGUCCGGAGAAGCUGAUGCACUUCUUCAAGAAGCUAUUAUGACGCCGUGGUGGAGAGGACUCGUUGAGUCGAACAAAUUAGUUCCUUUGGCGGCUGAAGCACAAGCUUUAGAGAGCCUUCAGAAAGCUCUUGGACUGGGAACAAAUCAUCUACCAGCGGGCUGGUGGGACAAUUUGGACCACGAACUGCUAGCAUUGGAUUUCUCAGAUUUCGUUCUCUUGGUACGUGCUGAUAUGCCAAAAGAGGUCGCCCACCUCCUGACUUGGUGCCUCGUGGAAACGAGGGAUCUGCUCGAAGGACAGUACAAGCAUUUGAAACCCGAGAAGAGCCCACUUACAUACCCUCUCGACCCUGAGAAGAUGUCUCAAGCACCCGUCCCACUUCACGACGGUGCACAGGAGUAUUAUUCCAAGGCUGAUUUCUCUAAGAAAACUAAACUUUUGAUUGGCUCACCGUUCUGA